AUGGCAGCAACGACGUCUUCUCAUGAUGAAAUAAAAAAGGCUGCACCGGAGCCGGAGCUCCAAUCUCCUCUAAUACCUUCCAGUGUCGCGGCCAACGGAGGCAUGAAACCGCCAGAGAAGCUCUGCUUCGACGAGAUGCUUCAGAUGUAUUGCGGCGAGUUCGGAAGGUGGCAGAUGAGGCACUUUGUCUUCACAACCUUCGCGUGGGCGCUCGAGGCCUUCCACACGAUGGUCAUUAUCUUUGCAGAUCGUGAGCCGGAAUGGAGGUGCGUUCCCGGUUCCAAAUGCGAUCCGGCCGCAAGUACCGUGUGCGACUUGGAACCGGGAACAUGGGAGUGGGUCGGAGGACCGCGUAUGUCGACGGUGUCGGAGUGGGGCUUGAUUUGUGGCAACAAAUAUAAGGUUGGACUGGUUCAGGCCGUGUUCUUUGGCGGCUGCAUGAUCGGCGCUGGAAUAUUUGGCCACCUCUCAGAUUCAAAUCUUGGAAGGAAAGGUUCCCUCACUAUGGUUUGCAUCCUAAACACCAUCACCGGAAUGCUAACAUCACUCGCUCCUAACUACCUCUCCUACGUCACUCUCCGUUUCCUCACCGGCUUCAGCACCGGCGGCGUUGGCCUUUGCGCCUUUGUCCUCGCCACCGAACCGAUAGGGCCCACAAUGCGCGGCGUGGCCGGCAUGUCCACAUUCUACUUUUUCUCCUCCGGCAUCGCCCUCCUCGCCGGCAUCGCCUACCUCUUCCCAGAAUGGCGCCAACUCUACAUCGCCUCCACCCUACCAUCUCUUCUCUACAUCCUCUUUGUUCUUCCCUUCGUCUCCGAGUCACCAAGAUGGUACCUCGUGAAGGGAAGAAUCAAAGCGGCCAUGGCGAUCAUGUCCGCCAUUGCGACCACCAACGGCAACCACCUCCCGCCAGGUGUUAUUCUGGCCCUCGACGAGGACUUGUGUUCGCCGGCGGUGACACCGGCUAUAAAGAACAAAGAAGAAGUAUCGGGUUGUGUAGUGGACAUUAUUCGCUCGCGAGUAACGCGCACGCGCUUGUUCCUUUCAGUGGCUAUAAACUUCAUGUGUUCCGUGGUGUACUACGGCCUCAGCCUCAACGUAGUGAACCUUGGAACCAACCUUUACCUUAACGUCAUAUUGAACUCUAUAUCUGAGAUGCCAGCUUUCAUGUUAACAACUUUGUUUUUGGAUAAGUUAGGGAGGAAGCCAUUGACCAUAUUAACCCUGUGGUUUAGUGGGUUCUUUUGCUUUCUAGGGUCCCUAAUAGGAAACAAAGGGGCAUGGAAAGGUGUUAGAAUGGUGUGUAGUAUUUUAGGUAUAUUUGGAAUGGCAGGGACUUAUAACUUGUUGUUUAUUUAUACGGCGGAACUGUUCCCCACUGUGGUGAGGAACGUGGCGCUUGGGUGCACCACCCAAGCAUCGCAGAUGGGCGCCAUUUUGGCACCGGUCGUCGUGAUUUUGGGAGACUGGUGGCCAUUUGUGGUGUUCACAGUUUGUGGGAUGAGUGGAGGAAUGUUUGCGUUUUACUUGCCAGAGACUUUGAACCAACCGCUCUAUGAUACGUUAACUGGAAUGGAGGCUGCUGAGAAUGAAUCUGAUGCCACAACAAGUGUCUGA